CAAUAUUACAAAAAAAAAGAAAAUAAUUUUGGUUUAAAAAUGGCUAGUACAGUUCUGGUUUUAAUUAUCAUUUUAUUAAUCGUAGCAAAUGUGUAUUGUAUAUACUUUUACAACACCAAGAAACCAGAAGAACCAGUAGAAGACCCAGUAGUAGAGCUUAUUAGAAGAAUAAUGAUAAGUAAUUACGAGUAUCUUACAGCAAGUGAACAUAAGGAAAUUGACGAUUUUUCCAAUGAUUCAGAGACUAAAAUAAAUAAUAAAUUUCCAUCGAUUAAUACCAAUGAAGGAAAUUUGAAGACAUUAUGUUCCUUUGGGACUAGAGUACUAAAGCAUUAUGGAGUUUACUCUGAAAAAAAGUACUUGAAUAUUGUUGUCAAAAUAAUUGAAAUAAUAAAUAAAAAAGUUACAGUGAAUACAAAGUUUUCAGAAACUGAUCCAGAAUACAAUGAUGGUAUCUUAACGAAGGAUUUAGCGCCAUUUCUUGUGAUGUAUCAAUAUAUUGCAGAUCACAGUAACAAUGUCAGUACUAACGCAAUAUGUUAUGACUUUAUAAAUAAACUGAUACCUGAAUUAAAUAAAAUAAAAGAUAAAGAUCCCACAAAAAACACUUUGAAAGUUUAUGGUAAUAUACCACGUUUAUUGACAAAUUACAUAAACAAUAAGAUACAAUAUAAUGCUGAUAUCAGUAAUAAUCAAAUGGAUACGUUUAAACAGAUUUUGAAUAAAAUUAUUACGUCCAACAAUACCAUUGAUAAAAUUGAUAAUUACGAUUUUUAUUACUAUCUAUGUUCAGCUUUUGAAUUCUGGAAUAAAAAAAAAUAAUUUGAGCAAUUAUAAUUUAUGAUUAAUUAAUAAUAAUGAUGAUAUUAAAUGCCCUUUUAAGGCAAAUUAAAUUUUUAAAAAUUAUCUCAGCAUAUUUUGGUAUAAAUAAAAAUAAAAUGCAAAUGUUUGCGAGGUUUAUAGUCAAUAGUCUAGAACCAAUCGACAAGUUCACAGAAAAAAAAA